UUGAAAUGGACAGAUCUAUGUGAUUAAGUACUGAUUGAUUUCACCGGCUGCUGAUAAUGAUUUCUCAAAGGUCAAUGACAUUCAAACAAAGUGAAUUUAGCAACAUUUAAGGGUUUUGAAGGGUACAAAUAAUGUUGCACAGAACAUCUUCUUCGCGACGGCGCCGAGCGUCUCGCAGUGCUGCAACUUCUCCUCAAACUAGAUCUCCAAGACCUUCAGCUCAAUCUUCUCGUCGAGCUUCUUUGGCAACAACUGAAACUGACGAUGAACUAGAACAACCGCCACAAAGAAGUCCCCGAGCAAGCUUAGCACCAGAUGCGGCACUAGAAAUAUACCAUCGAAGUCCCCGUCACUCCCUCGUACCAGAGACAAGAUCGGCAAGGAACUCCAUUACGCCAGAAACAGCAUUAACAAGAAACACUUUGGCACCUUCUAGAAAUAAUUUAAGCGUAGAACAAGCUUACGGAUCACGAUUAAGUUUAAACCCGCAGGAUUUUAAUAGAAGUCCAAGAAAUAGUUUAACCCCUGAUAUAUCAGCUAGGAGUCCUAGAAGGAGCUUGGUUCCAGAUGGAACGUCAUGGAAUCAACCGCGAAAUUCUUUAGUUCCAGAUGUUGGACGUAGUCCUCGACAUUCAGUUGCCAGUAUACAAAUUGACCCCGCUCGGGCUCAAAAAGAAAUAGGACCAAGUUCUCGAACUAGUCCCAGAGGAAGUGUAAUUCCAGAGACGUUCAAAAAGGAAUUUUCCGAUUUAAACAGAAGUCCAAGGGGUUCGUUAAUUCCAGAUUCACAGAGAAGUCCAAGGGGAUCGUUAAUUCCAGAUUCACAGAGAAGUCCAAGAGGGAGUAUUGCUCUUUCGGAGAGGAGUGCGAGAGGAAGUCUAGUCGCUGGUGAUGUGGAAGCUGCUAGGGCCAGCCCAAGAGGAAGUCUCACACUAACUUUUCAAGAGCCUCUGGUAUCUAAAGAACGACGAGCUAGUGAAGACAGUCAGUGUGCUGGUAUUAGAGGACGCAGUGUGUCACCAUAUCGGGCAUCGUUGGGCGGUCGGCAAAGUGGAACUGCGGCUUUAUCUGACACUGGUUCCCGGCGAGCAUCAAGUUCUGUUAGUCAAGUAUCUGGCGAUGAGCAACGACGACUAUGCGGAGAACAUGCUAAAUACACUGAAAGAAGUGGUCUGGGGCUGGGCGUUGGUCUCACAACGUAUGGUUCUGUUGCUUAUCAGCUCAAAGAUGCAAAUAUGGAGGCAACGGGUACAAUUGACUUCAUUUGCAGAGCUGUCAAGAUUAUGAACAGAACAAUUGUGAUGACCGUUUUCCUGGCCAUCCUUUCAACCUUGCCGGUGAUCAUGUUAAUAAUGGGUGUUCAGUACAUUCGUGACUGUCCAGCCGAGCCUCGAAUACCAGUGUAUAUGGUCGUUGGUGGUACCGCUGGAGGUGUUGGCAUUUACUGGCUGCUGUGGGCUCAACUUGCCAGCAGGAGCUCCACUUCGACUGCUAGCGUGCCCGAGCUAAUACUCGCUUACACCCUGACUCUAUUUCUUAUAAGCUGGUUCGGAUUUGGGAACUACUGGAUACUUAACACGAUGUGGCCAGAUUUUACACCAACUCUAUUUGAACCCAACAAAUGGUGCCACCGCACUCUUUACGUGUUUGCUUUGACUCAGCUGGGCUUGGUGUGGGGUGUGAUUGCACUAAUAUUGCUGAUCAUGUCAGCUCUGGUGAUCUGUCAAGUAUUCGGCUGUGGUUGGCUAGGACCACCGAGAUACAAGUAGCAACGGCGCAGUGUCGUGCUUGAGCUGUGGCACAGAAAUAUCAACAACACGAUGGACGUUGCUGGCGCACUUCUACCAUUCACCCAAGUCGUCCGCCCUGAACUAACUAUCCACGUUCAGGAAGUCCUUACUCAGGCCGAAAAGGAUACACCGGACACUAAAUUGAAUAUUCCAGAGAUAAACGAACCAGACAAGAGUGACGACGAAGGUUCUAAAAAUGAUGUCAAAAAUGGUAGUAGACGAAAUAGUGUUAGCCAAGCCUGAUGGUUGUUGGUCAUGCUGCCGCCGCACGGCAAAAAGCACGUGCACU